UUUCUACCUAAAAUUUUCAAAACAACUUAUUUAGUUAACACGCCUUUUCAUUUUAAAUUUUUUAUUCUUUUUGCUUACAUUAAUUCAUUAUUUGCUUGAUUUCUAAAAAAUUAUGUUCAAUCAUGUCUCAACCUUUUGAGUUCUAAAUAUGCCUUGAGCUUACAGUAAAAAGAUAAUUACUGCUCAAGUUUUUUUUAAAACCUGCAACGAUGAACAUAAUCUUUUAUUUACAAAAGCAAUAGAAAUGAACAUUUUAAAAAGGAAAAAUGUGAUAGUAUCAACGUCGUCUAAACUGGACGCUUUUAGAAACGACAGUAUUGAUAAAAGUUAUAAUUCCGAAAACAACGUUCCAUUUUUAGAUUCAUUCCUUCUUUCCUCACGUUUUCUUUCAUGGACACUGUAUCGAAAUAAAGCCCAGGAAUCAAGAUGUCACUAUUUACUAUCCAAACGGUUAAUACGGAGAGGAAUUCCUGAUGACUUGAGAUCUGAAGCAUGGUCAUAUUUACUAGGAAGCUAUGAGUUAUUGUGCCGAUUACCUUCACGUUAUACUGAAUACGUUAAAAAAGCGGAAUAUUCAACAACAAUAGACACAUUAAAACAGAUAGAGAUGGAUGUUACUCGUACAUUUCCAACACACGCCUUUUAUCAAACAUCCCAAGGUAUUGGACACCUUCGAAAUGUAUUAAGAGCUUUUUCUGUUCAUAACCCUGAGAUAAAUUAUUGCCAGGGUUUAAACUUUUUGGCAGGAGUCUUUUUACUUUAUAUGAAAGAAGAUAUUGCCUUUUGGUCUUUAGUUCAAAUGGUUUCCGCGUCAUCAACAAAAGGAUUGAAAAUAAGUGAUUAUUAUACUCGACAUCUUUUUGGUUUAAGAAGAGAUAUAAAAACGCUUCGAUAUUUAAUGAAGCGCCACACAUCCAAAGCUCUUUCCGUGUUAAAUUCUCAAAAUAUCGAAUUAGAUUGCAUCUGUGCUGAAUGGUUUCUAUGUUCGUUUUCUACAGUUUUCCCAUUUCCUGUUUUUCUACGCAUCUGGGAUAUUCUUUUUCGGGAAGGGAAAAAAAUUUUCUUUAGAAUAUCUCUAGCAAUUUUUAAAAUUUUUGAAAAAAAAACAUUUCAAUCUCUUUCAUUUGAAAGCAUUGUUACAUUUUUUAAAACAGAUUUAAGAAAUGAAUUGACAGUAUCCCGUAAAUUAUUGCACAUUGCAUUUCAUGGUAUAGGACACCUUAAAAGAUCUGCUAUCUCCUAUUUUGAGCAUAAAGCUUCUAUUGAGUUAGUCAAAGAAUUAAAAUCACAAGGAAUUUAUUAUAUUUUUGAUCCAAUCACAAAUUCAUUUCAAUUAUCCUAUGAAGACAAAAUAACUAUUCCUAAUUGCCUUUAUAAUGAUACAACAUGUUUUUUCAAACUUAACAAGGAUUUAAAAACAAGCAUAAAAAUGUUGAACACAUAAGCUUUGUAAAGUAAUUUAUUCUAAAGUAUAAAUUUUACGCUGAAUAUUUUUUUUUUAAAUUGUACCCAAUGAAAACUGUUUCAUUACAAUCGGAUCCAAAAAUUCAUUUGAAAACUAUGUGCAAUAUGU